UUGAAAGGUAUAUAAAGAGUCCCCUCUGGGGUCUUCCACUGCUCGCACAUCUACUGCUCUGUCAUUCUCCGAUUUUCCUUUUACCGCGUUUACCGCCUCUUAAGCAGCAACCAUGUCCCAGCUCGAGACAGCCAUGGCCCUCCUGAUGAAGACCUUUGAUACAUAUGCUGCGGGUGAAGGAAGUAAGGAGACCCUAUCCAAAGCCGAGACCAAGACUUUGCUGGAGAAGGAGCUGCCUAGCCUGCUCAAGGCAGCGAAGAACCCAGGUGAGGUGGACAAGCUGCUGAAGGGUCUGGAUUUCGAUGGGGACUCAGAGGUCGACUUCACAGAGUUUGUGGUGCUUGUAGCUGCUCUGACCUGCGCCUGCCACAACCGUGCCUGCAAGAAGUGAGCAAGGCGUACACGCUUGAAUGGAAUCACAUGGACGCAGCAGUGGCUUAAAAAUCCCUGUAGUAACUUUUUUUGUGUAGAAGCUGAAUAAAGUAAUUUAUCUACCUAUA